AUGCGAGGAGCGAGCUCUGAUCGAAUCAUGGCUCAGCUUAUGUCACGAAUCAUUGUCGAAGCCAAAGAAAGCGUUGCGAGUUCCCCGUUGUCAGCUUACGUCGAAUCUUCUCGAAAAUACGCCAAUCAGACCAAGGACUACCAUCUUCUGAGCUUGGUCCACAAUAUUGGCUCAGUCACCCUUGUGACUAUUUCACGAAAGAUGCUCAGUGAGCAUUGUGGGUUCCAUCACGAGAACGACCUCAAAUGGUCAUCAUCCGCGAGUAGUGUGAAAUCAACACCCCUCAACAGAUACUCGAAAUUUGCGGUCCUGAGGGCUUCAACGAUGACAGUAUUGGUAUCCUCCUUUUGGGGGAGGGGGGGGCGGGUUCUUGCGAGGGUGGCGGAGAGGCGGCCAGGGUUGAUGUCUUGGCUGGUGUCUCAUCUCCCACUCACGGCCUCGGGAGCCUCGAGACGAUUUUCAGACAUGACCCAACAGGGACUGCAGUACGGACGAUUCGUCCGAUCUCUGACCUCUCGCAUUGCCCGAAAUCCAAAAGUGAAGCUUAUAGAAAUCCUGGCGACGUCGCAGCAUAGUUUCAUGUCGAUCUCGCGACAACCCCGUACAUUGCCCAAGUUGGCAAGCCGCUGGGGCCCUGCAGCUAACAAGCCAGUCACCCAGUCCAUCGUCAGCGCAUUGCCCACGAAGCCCACUGAUUACGACGACUUCAUACCGAAGAUGGACGCUUACCUGGUAGAGCGGCAAGCCACGACCACGACCGAACAGGCUGGUCAGCCGACGAGAACACCAGAUGGCUUCGUCGUUGAGAAUGGACGUCUAGUCCCAUACUGGUACACAAGAGAGGGCCUCAUCGUCAAGUGGUCUGUCUUCUUGGGUCUCAUGUUCCUCAUCACCUUGUACAUCACAGUCGGCUACAUCCACGCGAAGAGGAGGAUACGCAAGGGCCUCGUGCCGCUCGCAUACCACAGAUGGCUCGUCUCCCGCGCCGAGUUGGCCCGUGUCGAUCCUCGCUACGCCUACCCGCAGAGCACCUACACCAACUACCGCCCGGGCUACUACCAGCAGUACCCACCUGGAUACAACAUGCAGAGCAUGCCGCCUCCGCCUCCGAUGUACGAUCCCAGUGCGCCACGGCCACCCAUGUACGACGGCCCGCAAGGUGCAACCAAGAUGGCUCCUUCCCAGGACUACGAGGCGCCGCCGCCAGGCCCCCCACCGGCGCAUGUUCAGAGGAACGACACCGGGUCGUCAAACCCCUUCAGGGGUUAG